AUGGGUGCAACAAGGUCAACAUCAAAGUGCGGCGGCGUUGGUAUCCUUGGGAUCGCUUGGGCCUUCGGUGGCAUGAUCUUUGUCCUCGUCUACUGCACCGCCGACAUCUCUGGCGGGCACAUAAACCCGGCUGUGACGUUGGGUCUAUUCGUGGCGCGGAAGGUGUCGCUGCUGCGCGCAGUGCUGUACAUGGUGGCGCAGUGCCUGGGCGCCAUAUGCGGCGUCCGGAUCGUGAAGGCCAUCAUGAAGCAGCAAUUCAACGCUUUCGGCGGCGGGGUUAAUGUGGUGGCCCCAGGCCACUCCAAGGGCACCGCCCUCGGCACCGAGAUCGUCGGCACCUUCGUCCUCGUCUACACCGUCUUCUCCGCCACUGACCCCAAACGCAGCGCCCGCGACUCUCACGUUCCGGUGUUGGCUCCUCUGUCGAUCGGGUUUGCGGUGUUCAUGGUACACUUGGCGACGAUUCCGAUCACGGGCACCGGCAUCAACCCGGCAAGGAGCUUAGGAGCUGCGGUCAUUUUCAAUCAGCACAAGCCGUGGCAUGAUCACUGGAUCUUCUGGGUGGGUCCUUUCGGAGGAGCUCUGGCGGCGGCGGUGUAUUAUCAGUACGUGUUGAGGGCGUCGACUAUUAAGGAUUUGGUCUCCUUCAGGAGCAGCCGCAGCAACUAA